AUGACGCAAGGCAUAUCUAGUGUUUUCUACUUCGUUAGACAUUUGUUGUCAUAGUUUCAUGACCAACAACAAACUGAUACUUGCCACAAAAUCGCUGAGACGGUACCUUCACUCGGGUGCUUUUACGCGGGGAGUGACUUUAACCUUGCUGGUGACAUUUUCACAUUUGACGCAGUAUCCUCUGUCACUUCCUAGCGAUUCCCGUGGCAUUAUGAUUCUCAGCACAAGGGCUGACCACGAUGAGCAGUCGAAAGAGACAACUAAUAUUAUACAUUCUUAAAUAUGUUUGCACGACCGAGUACCGAGAGCAGGCGAUGCGUGACUAUCGUUACUGGUGAUGCCCAAGAGCUUUUUGAUUCGUCAGAUGACAAACAGUGGCUUGGCUUUCAUCGGCCAACUAAUGAACAAUUGAGGGAUCAUCAUCAUCGGGGGAUCUGGAGUUCGUUCAGCUUGUCGUUUAGAAUUAUGGAAUCUUCGAAAUUGCCAUCACCGCUGGCGAAACUUGCCCUUGUGCUUUCAACGCUCGGUUGCAGUAUUGUGUAUGUGAACGUUGACGCUUUAGAUGUGGUGACCGUGAUUGGGGACGGCUACGAGUGUCGCGGCAGGGUAGAAGUGAACCACGGCGGACAGUGGGUGACCGUGUGUAACCGUGGCUGGGACAUGAGUGAAACCCGGACGGUCUGCAGGGAGGUGGGCUGCUGGCUUACCUCUCUCCCCAGAGACUUCAAAUUCAGCCCCAACAGAGCGGUGUGGUUGAACCACAUCAGCUGCCCAAGUGAAGUGCCCGAGGACGUACAGAUGGAGUGCUCCCACUCCAAAAAGAACUGCACCAUCCACGACGACCCCGCGCUAGACUGCUCAGGGCGUCCCGUGCUGGACAUCCUAUCCCCCUUCACUGCUUUCCAAGUGGGCGACUCCAUCCACUUCAGCUGCACCGUCCCCAGUGGGCCCAAGGUGCUCAACUUCCACCUGUACAAGAAGGGCGUGGAGACCCCUCUGGUGACGCAGCGGGCCGACAACGGCAAGAGGAGGAUGGAGCUGACCUUGACCGACGUGGAGGUCACCCAUCAGGGCUCCUACAGCUGUGUCAACAGCAACCGGCUGAGCUCGCAGAUCUCCCAGCCUAUGUACCAUAGUAACGCCAUUGACAUCGAUGUAGUGGAGCUGAACCGUCCACAGAUCUCGUACAACACCUCCAGCAAGGCGCCGUCCGGCUACGUGUUCAAGGGCAAGGGCUUCAACGUGACGUGCUCCACGCAGCCCCUGUACCCGGGGGGCUCCUUUCAGCUGCGCCUCAUCCGGCCCAACAGCACCGUGCGCCACUCGCUGCCCGCCCUCGCGCCCACUGUCACCUUCAGCUUCAGCAACGCCCAGACGCAGCAUGAGGGCUACUACUGCUGUCAGUACAAGCUGCAGAUGGGCAAGCGCCUGCUGCUCUCCCGGGAGAGCCCGCCACUGCCCAUCUCUGUCCGAGACACAGACAGGGCUAUGAGUCCGGUGAGGAUCAGUAUGCUGGUGUCUGGUCUGACGUUCGUGGUCGCCACCUUCAUCAUCCUCAUCGUCUUCAGAAUACUCUCCAAGAGGAAGGCAAAACUCACCGAAUUAGAACGCGAGAGCAGAAGCUGUGUGGACAAUACAUACAUUGCGUACAGCCAUGCAGCCAUGAAAUAACAGCCGAACAGGACUGGACCAGAUUACAAUCGAUAAGGGCUGUGUUGUCUUGGUAAAACUGAAGCAAGGCGUCUCAGUGGAGGAGCCUCCCACAGGUGCACUGUGGACACAACUCUACUCAUGUGACCCCUUCUCAGGAGCACAACGAAGGCAAGGCAAGACAAAGAUCAAACCCCAGGACACCCACCCGCAUAUUGCUCCAUGUCUAACUCAUGUAAUGCAGGCCUGAGACUGUGUGCAGGUAUAUUCAAGUACAGUUAUUAGCCACCAUUUCUGGUACGAACACCAGAAGCCCCAUUUGCCUUGAGCCAGUGUAGCAUCAGUCUUGCUAAAUGUGUUAGUGUAAACAAGGUAUUUAAUCAUUUUAAAAAGCAGUGUUGGCAGUAUUUAGUAUGCACAAGUCAAAUGUGUACUCUGUAUGGCUGGGUAGUUUUUAAACUGCAAUCAGUGGCCAAUUAUAGCAUACAAUGAAAGCAGUGUACGUAGUUGUGAAUACAACAGAAUUGCGAUUUGCAACAUGAAGCUCUAUAUUUGUCUUACGCCAGUUCAGAGCAUGAGUAGUACUAGUUAAUGGUCAUGUUUGGCAGAAGUUCUCUUUAAAGAAAAUUCUGGUAAUGUAGAGUUUUAUAAAUGGUAAAAAAGAGACAAAUCUUGACAAACAUGGAUCCCGUGGUGUGAUUGUUUAUGUCCUUUCCACAUGACAACUGUGUUUUUGAAAACCGUUUCCAUCCACAACUUAACACUUUCAGAGGUUUUCUCAACAAAUGAAAAUGCUCUUAUUUGCUAAUUCACUAUCAAAAAUGUGUUGGUUAAAUCCAAAGUUCAAAGGGAAAAGAUCAUUGCAUUGGAACUUUAUAUUUCGAAGUCUUCAUUUUCAGACCCCACAAAUGCUUUGGUGCGAAUGUAAUACUGCAAAUUAACCAAACGUGGAUGUUCUUUUUGUGGAAACUCUUUUCUUCAGUUGCAUGUGGAGGGGGCGGGCUCUUUGAUUAAUUUUAGUGCACUUUGAUGACCCUGAGGGCAGAGUAGGCUUAGAGUCCAUCCUUCAUUCCGUCUCAGUCUGAGCCAAAGAUUCUAGAGUGCUCUGUUCUAGAACCUUUGGUCUGAACCACGCCAGCUUAUACUUAAAUGAAUCGUAGUACAGAAAUAUAACACUUUCUUCCAAUUAAGAGAUAAAUACUCGUAUGAAUUGUUCAGUUAAACUAGGGGCCAUGUUUCAAAAAAGCUGGUGUGGAACUGUUUGUUAUUUAAAACCUUAUACAAAGAGGAGAUUUUAUUUGGAUAAUCUAGAUCCAAGCUAGCCUUUGCUUGUUCACUAGUUAUGCUGGUACUAGCCAUGUAGGAGUAAUGAGAGACAAAGCCAAAUGUCUCACAUGAAAGGGAAGCAUUUACUGUAUUAAGUGAUGGAGGGAAAGUCUGUCAGUAUCCUUCUGGUUAAGUGUACGGGCAGCACUUUAAUUUGUUGGCAUGUAGAAAUGAAGCCCUGGAUACAUGGUGAAGGCCAGGGUACAGUUGUUCAGAGGUUGGUCCUACUAAAAAUGGAAUCUAAUAUGGCGAUGAAAUGAUCUCUUUUACGAGUCAUAUAAAAGCCCAGCCUCAAAUCUUUCCUCCGCCAUUGCUACCCAUAAGAAGAACACACUCUUACAUACUUUUCAUUGUACCUAAACGUUCUGUGCCACUUCUAACCUCAAAGGCGCUUUUGCAGUUUGCAUGCUAGUGUGCAGUGUAUGAUGCAAUGGUCUUUGAUUAUAGCUCCUGCGUUUUGAUGUUAAAGGGUUCCUUACCAUGUGGUUACUGCUCCUUAUUACCUAAUACAAUGGGUUAUAAAGUGGUUUAAUGAGCAAGUCCAUAUGUAAAAUAAUGCAGACUAAUGGGUCUUAAAGACCUUUAAAUGCAAAAGUAGUGAAUCACAUUUUUCUCCAUUUUUAGAGAUGACAAUCUUUUUUUUCCACUAACGCUUGACUGUAAAACUGUGUUUCUUUAGUAUCUGAGGUAUGGGUUUGUUUUAUUUCCUUUUCGUUUAUUUUUUGUCAUUUUUAUAUUCACGUACAUGUACGCUGAUACUUAUGAAUGUAUUUGAAAUGAGUUUCGUUUUAGAGUCAUUUAUUUUUUAACGGUGGUAAUUUUUACAUUUCUGUUGCCAAAUACUAUGCUAAAAAAUGAAUGAGUGUCCUGCAGGACCUUGGCAGCCUGACGCAGCAAAAGAAAUGUACGCAGUGUGAAAGGGUACACCGUUUGCUCGACAGGAUGCCCAUACCAAUAGGACAAAGCGGUACAUGGAAUAUAUUGUGAAAGCAAAAAAACAAAACAAAAAACACACACCUACAACACUGGUUCAUAAUGUUAUUUGAUAUGAGACCACAGGGGUAUUCCAAAAGCGUGGUUAAGUGAUAAACAAGGCUAAAUUAACCCACAGGAAGUGGUGAAUGAGGACUCUAUCUCUCUUUUAUUAGAUGAUUUAUUACCACUACCUAAAGGUGAACUUAAUCUGGUUUACUAUUGAUGAACCAGCGUUGAGGAAUACCCCUUACAUUUUAUUUAAAUGCCCAAGGGACCGACCAUGUGAUGCGAUGGAACUCUUCAGUUUAAACACUAGCCAGAGGGGAAGGGAAGAGAUGAGACUCUGUGUGACGAUGCUGCUGUUCUCUCCCACUAAAUGAGCCCUAUGCUGUAGGUGCUAGUGUGCAAUGCAGUGUGCUAGCCAUGUCCUAAAAGCCAGUGAGCUAUUUACAGCUACCUAGGACCCUAAAGCACUUCUAAGAAGUAGUGACCAUGGAUUGUACUUAUAACGGUCAAUCAUUAAAAAUAAGAACAUUUCUUUUUUGUGGUACGUGUAACUUUGUUUUGAUCAUUAAAAGUCUUUAUUUGAAAA